AUGUCAAGGGUUCGAUCAGCGGAUCAUUUACAGCUUUCAUGGUUCAAUCGCAAUUGGUUGUUGCAACCCUCGGACAGAACCAUCAGCGAAUGCUGCACGAACUUUGGAUGUCCAGUGGAAGAUUCAACCUGCUGCAGGAAGAAAGUAAUCGAUGAUAGCAGACUUAUCGAAGUAAUGGAUCGAAAUGAUGAACCAGACGAUUACCUAGAAUAUGAUAACCCGGAUGUACCAAUCGUUGAUGCUGCAACGAUGGAUAGCAUGGUGGAAGAUUAUUUUGAGAGGCCUGGAUUCGAUACUCCCAUACAUCUAAGCUUAGUUCACGACCAGCUGGUGAAGCACGAAUCAGAUUUGGCAAAACCUGUAGUUGAUUUGAUAGAUGUUAAUGAAAUACUUGCUUCUUUGAAAGUGAAAUGUCCGACAAGCGAUUUUGCCAAAGAAAAGAACAGCUCUAUUGAACUGCUUCUUACAUAUCAUAAGGAGAAUGUCCAUAUAUUUGCAAAUAUCAUAUGGUACCACUCUUUUCUGCUUAUUAAAAGCUACAUUGAGGAAAAUACUGAAGUCGUGGAUAUGUCCGGGCAGAGAUUCACACUUGUUACUGGCAAGUUUCAUCAACUUCUUGGAUCAGAAGUUUAUGCAGAACAUAUUAGUGGCCUCUGGGAUACAACUGAAUAUUCAAGAGUAAAGAAGAGCAUAUCAUCCCAAAUUGCUAUAGAUAUCUACGAGCGUGUAAUACGCUUCACCAUGAAAACGAGGCCCCAUGCAUGUCUAAUAAUGUCUCAUCAAAAUGUUUGUUUUGUUAGGCAGUCUUAA